AUGCUGUCUAUGGGUGGAGGGAUGCGUUAUCUGCUAAUGAUUCUGGCGGCGGCCGCGGCUUCCAAGUGGGCGGACGAUGAAGAAGCUGAACAUUGCAAUUGCUUGCAAUACAGCCCUAUAAAUCCUUACGCGUUCAUUCGUAAGGACAUCCUUAUGAGCUCCUACCCGGACGUCAACAAGAUGAAGAGGCAACACGAAGAGGUCCCGACAACUGUGCAGCCGGACAGGAAGAAAGAAAAAAAAGACGAAGAGUUGCCAACCAUCAAAAUGGAUUGUAACGUGAAGAUGUCUCGUUUGGGGUGCUUCGUGUACAUCGCACUGGCCCUGGCAGCCGUUUCGCUGACCACGUCCAAGAUCUUCGGGCUGGCCGAGCGGAACGAAAAACGAUGUCUUCAAGUUCAAAUCCACGCCAAGGCCGAUCACGCAGUCUCCAUGAAGAAAAACAUCGAUUCCGUGAAGAUACAGACUAAUGUACACGUCGUACACACCAAGGUGCCGACAAAAACGCCUACAGAUGAUAUGUUUCUUCAAUGCCUCAAACACAUAUAUCACACGACAAUAACAUCGCGUAGGAAAAGGGAACUUUCUCAGAAAAUGUAA